UUUGUCAAUCCACUCGAAAGAAUUUCAAACCCAACCGCCGCGGGUUACGGUGCCUUUUGCAUUGGAAACGCGCCUUUGAGCGUGCGCGUAUGUGUGCAAGUAUAACAUCAUCGAAUGCUCAAAAGCGUUCUCCGAAGUAUGAGCGAUUUUAUUGUUCAAAAAAUAUAGAAGUUCAACAAACUUGAACGGUGUAAAAAUGAUUUGGUCAAGUGGGGGAAUGUUAUUUCGUGAAAUUACACUGGAAGGAAGUGUAGUUUGAGAAUUCGUGAAAAAGUUUCGAAUGCAUUUUCCAGAAGGGAUGGAAAAAUAGUGUCCGAUUAUAUCGUGUGCUGUUUUAUGUGUGCGCGCGUGCGUGCGCCUGUUUGCGUAAAAAUUAUAAGGGGAGAUUGUUGGGAUGCGCGAAGAACGAUUUAUAAAUUUGCUCGAACGAAUAAGCUCUCAGUGGUGAUUCUUUCCUAUAUAUAAGUGACAUAGGUCGAUAUAUAGUCGUGAAUAAAAACAGAAUCAUCAUAUUUCUCGUUGUCUUUGUUCAACAAUCAAUUAUUCUCUUCGUAUUUGGUGAUUUUUUAUACGAUUCAACGAAUUUUGCUUACGAUCUAUACUUGAUGUGCAUAAGAGUCGAUGGUAAACCGCUGUUUGCUGUUUUUUUUCGCCGGGAUUUUCAGUAAAAGUGCAACAGCACGUACAUCGCGCACUGGAAAAUCGAAUUUGGUUCAAACAGACUGUAUAGGCGGGUUUUUUAAACAAAAAUGAAAAUUGUAAUUUCAAAAUUGAAGUAGAUCGAUUAGACUCGAGUGAUCUAAAUGUAGAACUUGUCAAUAACAAACGAUUUUUCAGUACUUUGAAAUAUUCGACAUUCGUGCGCGCGCGUCCUCCGCGUUUGUGGUAGUGUGUGUGCGUUUGCCGUGCGCUACAUAUUUCACCUGCGAUCGACCAAAAUUUUGCGGAGACACGCGUUAUCGUUCGUAUUAGAAUGACAGAAAAAGAUUAGAAUAAAAAAAAAAAUUAUGUAACUUGUGUCAAGUGUGUGUUUUUUAAAACUUAAAUCUGCGCUGACGCAUUUUUUCGUACGAGGAUGGACGACGAAAUAGUAGUUGACGAUGUGGAAGACAGCAACGUUGUGGAUCCUCAAUCAUCGGAUGAUCCAUCCACCCGUGUUAUGCCUCUGUUAUACAUCCAAAAAGGAAAAUUACGCUCUGCACAAAGCGGUGCUCCCAGUCAAACAAUCGUUUCUCCUAGCACCACUCAACUUGCAGCUAUUAUCAAUCCAACCCACAAUUCGAUUGUUGCUGGGCAGAACAAGGUCUUUAUUCAGGGAACAAAUUCGGCUAAUACUGCUCAGAGUAAGCAACACAUUGUGAUCCAUCGUCCGUUAAGCGGAGUGGGUGGCACAACAACGUCGCAGGGACAAAAGCACAUAUUACUAAGAAAAUCAAAUGCUUCAACGGCUCAAAUAGUUCCUUUAAAUUCGCCUCAAGGAAAUUCGUCACAUGCGCAGACAGGAAAACAUACAUUUGCGUAUCUCGGAACAAUUAUCAAGCCGAACAAACAACGAGACUCCGUUGUAUUUCCCACAGCAACAUUGGGCAGCACACAAAUGAACAAAUCGAAGCUUGUGAUAGCUCCGGUGCUGUCACAAUUGGCUCAAAGUUCGACGACCUCGACGCCGGGAAAUUCAACGCAAUCGUCGAAACACAUGACGAAUUUAUUACUGCCCGUUAAUAUACCGCAACAAACAGUAUCUAAGUCUAGUAUGCUUAACGUUAAGAUCAACAAUGGACAGAUUAAUCCUGACAACAAAGGAACUAUCACAGUUUUGCGAGAAUCGAAAACCGCUAAUUCCUCGAUACAUCCGCCUCCACUGCAUCCGAUAACAAAAAUGACACUGAUGGGAGGGAAAGGUGUGAACAAUACGUCGUCGGACAGCAUAAAAAUAACAGAGAAUCCUGAUUCGGCUGUUAUAACACCGAUACCGAAAAAGGAUGAGGUCAAUGGUCAACCAGAGAAGAGAAAAAAAACCCGAAGCAAUAUACUUCGUGGUUCGAGCGAGAAAAGAAGAAAUUUAAGCGGUGGAAAAGCUCCGCAGGAUAAUGUUAUUGACGUCAGUUAUUCAUUAAGCAGUCCAGAUUCUGAACACGACAAAGAAAAAAAGUCUCACAAUGACGACGAUAUUACGUUGAUAAAAGUCGUUCAAAACGAUGAAAAAAUAUCCAAUAAACGUAAUUCGACGAUCGACGACGAUAUUAAAAUCGAAAUGAUCAAAUCACCAUCUAAAAAUGAAUAUACCGAUGUGGAUAAUAAAAAUGACAUGAAAGCGAAAGAGGCUAAAACCAAUGAUUCGAAAAUGGUUAAAGACACCAAGAAUCCCGAUACCAGGACUAAAAAUCGUGAUGAUUCCAAAGAAAUCUCCACUAGCAUUAAUCCAAGAGAGCCUAAUUUCGACGCUGCUAAAAUGUUGGAAUGGAAAGAUGGCGUUGGAACGUUGCCCGGUAGCACCUUGAAGUUUUGCAUAAACGAGUUUGGGCUGAUGGAAGUGGUAGAUGACGACGAGAAUAACAAGCAGGACAAACACAUCAGCAUCGGUGAUAAGGAAAAUGUGUGUUUAUCGCAGAAUUCCUCAAAGUCGAGUCCAGUCACGGUUUGCCCUGAGAAGAAGAAUGAGGAAAAAAAAGCCCGCGCUGUCUCGGCCGAUACGUUGUAUCGUUGUGAAAGUUGCGGAUGUUACGGUCUCGCAGCUGAAUUCGAGAGCCCGAUCUCCUGCAGUCCCUCUUGUACCGAAGUCAUAGAAGCCAAAAAACAACACAUGAUGCGAAAAGAACGAGAUCUCAACAGAGAUUUACGGGCGAAGAGAAAACGAAAAAGAUUACUGCAAGAACAACAACAGUCGAAGGACGCGGAUGAUAAAAUCGAGGAGAAAUCACAAGACAAGCCAAAAUCGGAAACUGAUGAGGAUACGAAAGACACGAUAACUGCGAUGGACGAAGAGAGUCUCAGCGAGUCUGUUGAAUCCAAAUAUCCGUGGCAAACGGGAAAGCUGGGCUUUUCAUGGGCGAAAUAUCUCGAGCACUGCAAAGCAAAGGCUGCACCGGUCAAGUUGUUCAAGGAUCCAUUUCCCUAUGGAAAAAAUCAGUUCAAAGUUGGUAUGAAGCUCGAGGGCAUCGAUCCCGAACACCCAUCACGUUACUGUGUUCUCACCGUUGUCGAAGUAGUGGGCUAUCGAUUACGACUGCACUUCGAUGGAUAUCCAGAGAAUUAUGAUUUCUGGGUAAAUGCCGACAGUAUGGACAUUUUCCCCGUCGGUUGGUCUGACAAAAAUGGCCAUCGGUUGGACCCACCGAAAGGCUACGUUCAGAGCAAUUUCAACUGGAACGCGUAUUUGAAAAUUUGUAAAGCUACCGCUGCACCUAAAACUUGUUUUGCCAAUAAGAAUACGGUUUUCCCAACUGGAUUCCGAACUGGAAUGAAGCUGGAGGCGGUCGAUAGGAAGCAUUCAUCAUUAGUUUGCGUCGCAAGUAUAGCCGGUCUCAUGGAUUCGAGGAUACUCGUGCAUUUCGACUCGUGGGACGAGGUUUACGACUAUUGGGCGGACGCUAGUUCGCCGUACAUACAUCCGGUUGGUUGGUGUCAUCACAACGGACACAGUCUAACGCCACCCAACAAUUACAAAGAUUUGAAAUCGUUCACCUGGGACUCUUAUCUACGGGAGACUCGAUCAGUUGCCGCACCAGCAAGAGCUUUCAAACAGAGGCCACCUUGCGGUUUCAAAAGGGGCAUGAAAUUGGAAGCCGUUGACAAGAGAAUUCCACAAUUAAUCCGAGUCGCCACCGUCGAGGAUGUCAAAGAUCACAUGAUCAAAAUACGAUUCGAUGGAUGGCCAGAAAAUCACGCUUACUGGGUGGACAAUGAUCAUCCAGAUAUUCAUCCAAUGGGCUGGUGCCUAAAGACUGGGCAUCCUUUGGAAGGACCUUUGACUCCGGAAAGUGCAGUAGAACGCUCCGAAUGUGGAUCUUACGGAUGUCGUGGAAUCGGUCACGUGAAAGGCCCGAAAUUUGCGGGUCACAAUUCAGCUUCGGGUUGCCCGUAUUCGUUGCAAAAUUUGCAUAAAGCUCGUCUACUGUCGGAUCGAUUAAACAUAACGAAAAACGAACCUUCCGAUUUCGAUGAUGACUCGUACGAUAAACAAAAGAGCGAUCGAUCUGACAGAUUGAAAAUGGACAAGACAGAGGUGAAGGUUGAAAAAACGGAAAAGAGUGAUAGAUUCGCCCUCAUCGAAGAGAAGCUCAUAAAAACUGAAAAAGACAUCAAACAAGAGGACGGAGAAUCCUCCGAUAAGAACGAAAGAUCCGAAACUUCGGAGAGAUCGAACAAAUCUCGACAUCAUCUCAGUGACGGGCAAACGGAUGACGACGAGAUAUCGAGGAAACGAAAAAAAAGGCGUCAAGCAUCGGAGGAACUUCAGUAUUCUUUGUCACACUCGGGCUACGGCGAUCCGGCUCACGGCUCGGCUCCCUACGCCAUCAAUAUGCCUGACAAGCAAUUGCGUACAGAACUUUAUCAAUCGGUUUAUGAUCCCGGAUACAAUCCUCUGCCGGACGCACCUCACAUUUGGGCUAAGCACAGUAAUGCUCUAAAUCGGGUUGUAGCAAAACAGCACACGAAUCCACGAAGAUGGUCCAACGAGGAAGUCAUCAAAUUCAUACAGAGCGUACCGAACUGCAAGGAAAUUGGGAGUAUAUUCAGAAAACACAGUAUCGAUGGCGAGGCGUUCCUGAUGUUGACACAAGAGGAUUUGAUAACGCUCCUGGGUCUCCGACUAGGACCAGCGAUCAAAUUGUACAACAGCAUAGUUUUGUUGCGUCGUCGAGCCACUUGAGAUUCUAAUGAGCGAUUGUGGCGUUUCACCACGAGAAACUCGAAACCGGGUAGCUAAUAUAAUCACAAAAGAGAGAGAGAAAGAAAUUUGUAAACAAUGCCCUUGAGUUCGUUGCGUGUUAUGGGCUUUUUACCCAAUCUUUGCAGAGGAAUUUUUCCUCGUCAAUAACCGACAGUUAGCAGCUGACAAUUGCUAUCAGGAAACCCUGCUUGUUAUCCGAUGUUUACGAAUCUUCCUCGAGAAUUGAACGUUCGGUGUAAAUUGAAAAAAUUCAAGCUCGAUAAUUUCAUUCCAAGUCUCAUGGAAAAAACGUGAGAAUUUCGUACAACUGAUUAAAAAUGUUCAUUUUCAUCGAGGAUGACUCAAGUGUCUUUCUUUGCAGUGUUAGUCUUUUCGUUACAUUGAAUUUUACAAUAUCGGAAUACAACGGAAGUCCUUUUAAUUUUUCUUAAUCGUGGCCAAUAUUUAUUUUUCAGUUUUUGGGGCCACGAAAGGCGAUCGAAGUUUUAUCUUAUUUGAAAAUAAAAUUCACGUGGAACACAUUGAACAAUUUAAACAAUCGAGCGAUUGUUAUGAAAGCAAAGAGUUUUUCGUUUCAUUCCAACCAUUGAAAUUUCGAUAUCGCAUAUUUUCACGCAAAGUAUGUUCAAUCAUGUACAAAUGUAUAUAGUUAUCUAUCUUGAUAUAUAUGAAUAAAUAUAUAUAUAUGUAUACACGA